UGAAAUGGCGGAUACAGCGUUAAACUGUAGCAGUAACACUAACAUAAACUCCUCAACUAGCUCUGACUUAGCGCCUUCUUUCAGCCUGGGACAGAUGUUCAAUCAAAUGGGGGGGACUCUUCCGGCGUUCGAAGAAGAGGACGACCAGAUCGAAAUAUCCCUCAGCCUCAACAAAUCUGUGUUCCAGAACAUGGGAAGCAGCGAUCACACUAAGUUAUUACUCAUUAACUCCCUCCUUACUCAGUGCCUGGGCACGUUAAACAUUAAAUCUCUGAAAGGACAAACGGGGUCUAAAAACAACUCAUCAAAUUCCUCUUUCUGCUCGGGUGAUGGAGGAGGAAUGGGCAUGACUAAUUUGAAGCAGGAGACGCUUGUUGCAAAUAAUCCAAAUCAAAGUAACCACUCAGGAGGAGGAGCUUCGGGUGGCGAUAAGACGACGAAUAACUCACAGAUGCAAUUUCCAUUUAAUGCCAGUCAGCACAAUAUUGGGGGGGCACGUGAUAACCACAGAGAGUCCGCCGCCGUUUUCUACCAGAAUCAAAACACCACUUCACACCUGACUAGUGUGGGCGGCGGAAGUGGAGGACGAAUGUCGGCGUUUGGUGAAAGAAACCCUCUAGAUUUGAACGUGACAGAGACCAGCAUUGCCCCUUCGUCGAACAAUUCAGCUGGCGGGGGGUCAUUAAAUGAACGAGUGGUAGCGCAGGCUCCAGGCAGUCCAGGAGCUUUUCUACAGUACAUGGGGAUCGAAUCUUCUUCGUCUGCAAGCAGUAACAAUAACGGCGGGGCGGCAGGUGGUAAUGGGUUGUCUAAUUUUGGAACUGGCGAGUUGGAGACGUGUGCUGGUGUAAGCAGUAGAAACCCCAGCAUAAACGACGAUCAUCUGAGCUCUCUCAAUGAAUCGAUUAAAUGCAACUCGAUAGCAGCUGAAUUUGGCACAUCUACGUACCAAUGCAAACAGUGCAUGGAGGUUUUCUCAAGUGCCCGACAACUUUGUGCACACGCAGUAGCCCAUAUUCCACACGCACCACGUAACUCCUCGUCCAAUGACAGAAGCAACCACAACAACUCGGCUGCAGGGGUGCCGAGGAACAAGUCGCCUAUAUCACAAGUGGUGAACACUGUUUCCAAUCACCUGUUCCAAUCGAACGAGAACUUGAGCUCCCUCCAGCCCAUAUACAACCCGAACAGCGCCAAUUCGAAGAACAAGAAAAAGUACUCGUGUCCCGAGUGCAAUUUCACCUCGGAUCUUAUGGCACGAGUCUCGCAGCAUAUGAUACUGCACUCGGGAAUGCGGCCGCAUGAGUGUCAGUUGUGCAACAAGAGAUUCAAACGCAGGUACCACCUAGAUCGACACUUAGGAGAAGUGCACAUGGGCGGCAGUCGAAUAGCUGCACAACAGCCGGCAACCACGACCAACUUAGCAUCAUGCACUAGCUCGACUGUGGCGAACAACAGUAAUGCUACUCAGCAGCAGCAUCAGCAACUUGAUUCACAGAAUAGUAGAAAUCAACAACAACAACAGCAGUGCGCCUCCCAGAAGAAUUCGCCUGCUCGGGCCCCCGUGAUAAGUCCGAACCCGGCUUUGAUGGCGGCGGGUGGAACGAGAGCCCCAAUUGAGCCGAGACUGACUCCGUCACAUUUCGUGUCUGCGGCCAACAACCGACUGACUUUGUUGCCACCGCCGAACGAAGUAUUUGCGCUGCAGGCUGCCACCAAUGUCGGACUAGGAAUCAACUCGCAAGUGAACAACUCAGUGGCCAAUCAAGUGGAGAGAUUUGCAGUACCUCAUUUCUUAACUCCGCUCAUGGCUAACUCGAAUAACAGAUAAUCAAACUUCUCAGUAACAGGCAAAUAGUGUUUUAUUGAAGUAUAAGUUUUCACUAAAUAAUAUGAUCCCUUCUGUUUCUGUUCGUUUAUACAUAUAUAUUUGUAUAUCGCUUUCUUUCGGUCCUCUCUCAAUUUCGAUACAUUCUUCUUUUGUUUAUUCGUCAAACA